AUGCUGCCUCGCUUGCACCGUCGGGAGCGCAAGAGCGUUUUCCGUUGGGGGCCACGCCGGCAGCCAGCGUCCGUGAGCUCCGAGACCUCGGAGACAGCGGCCGGAGCCCGCGCGUUGGCGGGCGGCCUGGCGGCGGGGUGCCGGCCGGGCCGGCGGGAGCCCCCGGCGGCACAGGUGGCGUUCCGGUCCGCGGACCUGGCGGAGAGGGCGGCCGUAGCGCUGUCGGGGGAGUCGCGGCGGCUGGUCGAGGCGCUCCGCCUGGGCGCCGCGGCGGCGCUCGGGAGCGCCGACUGCGCCCGGCUGGCGCUGGCGUCGAGGCCCUUCCUGGCGACGGCGGAGGCCUCCGUCGCGGAGCGCGUGUGCUCCGCGCUGGAGGGCGGGUGCCUGCUGCAGGACGCCCCCGCGCCGCGCGAGAGGCCCCUGCUGGCCCUGAGCCACCUGGAGUCGAUGGCGCACGCGCCGCUGCUCUUCGGCGCGGCGCGCGAGCUGCUCGACCUGUGCAGCGGGUGCGCGGGCUGCCGCGAGGGCUCCGCGGAGGCGCCGGGCGACGCCGAUGAGGCGCGCGGCGGCGCCGUGCUGCUCGAGGUGUCAGGGGACGAGGACGGCCUCUGCGACGCCGUCGUGGGCCUCUGCUUCCCCGAGGCCGCGGCGAGCGAGGAGCGCCGCAGCUCGGCGGUGGCGCGGGUGGCGGAGCUGCUGUUCCGCUUCAGGCCCCCAGAGGAGCGCUGGUCGGCGCUGCUGCUGGACGCGAUGCUGCUGAGGCUGCCUGGCGAGGAGGUGGCCGCGGGCGCAGAGGCCGGGCCGCCUAAGCCGAGCCCGGGCGGGUCCCUGGAGACGCUCUUGCUGGGCGUCGGGCAGCUGCGGCCAGUCACGCGCGUGGCGCGAAGGGCCAGCACUUCCUUGGGCGCCGCGGCGGCCGCGGCUCUCUGCUGCCAGGCGAGCGUGGCGUGCCCCAUCAACUGCCGCUGCGACUAUGGCAUGUCUGGCAUCUUGUUGGGCAUAUUUGUAAUUCUCGCCGCGGGCGUGUUCACCUUCUUUCCCGUCUUCCUGAAUUGGUUCGCGUGGGAGUGGUACAUCGACCUGUGCUGGCUCUGGUUUUGCCUCGGGGUCGUCAUCCUGACGUUCGCCUGCGUCUGCGAGUGCUGCGUCGGCGCUCCCGACGCGAAGGCCCGGAAGCCAGAGGCGGACGUCGAGGACGGCGCCGUGAAUGCGAGCGUGGCGUGCCCCAUCAACUGCCACUGCGACUAUGGCAUGUCUGGCAUCUUGUUGGGCAUAUUUGUAAUUCUCGCCGCGGGCGUGUUCACCUUCCUUCCCGUCUUCCUGAAUUGGUUCGCGUGGGAGUGGUACAUCGACCUGUGCUGGCUCUGGUUUUGCCUCGGGGUCGUCAUCCUGACGUUCGGCUGCGUCUACGAGUGCUGCGUCGGCGCUCCCGACGCGAAGGCCCGGAAGCCAGAGGCGGACGUCGAGGACGGCGCCGUGAAUGCCCUUGCGCUUUACAUUAUGAUCAACAACUAG